AAUCACAUUCAUCAUUAAUAAAUAUAGAGUUUUAUCCACCUAAUCCAUUGCUUGUAAAAAUUGCUAUAAAAAUUCAUAAGUUUUAUGGUUACUCACUUAUAGAAAAAAAAUUUAUAAAGGCAGAAGAGUGUCAACAAUUUGAAAAAAUAUUAGGAAAUUUUAUAUAUAAUUCAUACAAAGAUAUUGAAAAAAAUCGGAUUAAGUUAGAAAAUCUAUCUUUAUUAGACAAAUAUUAUAAUAGUUUUCUUUCAGCUCUAAUUA